CAUGCCAUUGGCCCAUCCAGUGGGUCGGCGUCAACCCAGUGCCGGCCUCCAUUGGGCUACUGCCGGUUCCUUGACUGGCUCCACUCUGCAUCUUGCUGCCUCAGCCAUGCCAACUGGAUCCUCUCAGCCUCCUCUUUGCCUCAGUCACUAGCCUAUGGGGCAUACAACAUCUGGUCCGGUCGUUGCAUGGACCGCACUAAGACGGCCAAAUUGUCGGCACGCUUGCCACAUCAGGCAGACGUCGCACAGGCACUGUCGCACAUCCUACUGCCCAUCUCUACUUGCACCUUCAUUAACGGCAAUACCAGCUCGCUUGCAUAUCGGCAGACUCGAAUGCUCUUUUGCAUAUUGAUUAAGCACAAUUACCCCUCUACUCGGGGUUGCAAUAUGGCAUCAAUCAAGGGUCAUUUAGAGACCGUAGGGCUCCGAUGGUUUGGUAAGAUUAGCCCCGACGGAGUGUGCCCAGCAGGCCGAGGGGUAAAAGGUAGGUCUCGUUUAAAAACCUUAAGGAGCUCUGUCGUCACCAGCGAGAAAGACGAGUUUCCGAUGCGAGAUGAACCCUCGGAAAGGGCUGAGUGCAAACCCGGCGACAGUGACAAUGCGCCGGUGACUAUUGUCACUAAGCUCGAUUAA